UGUUUAGGCGUUCUUUGGGUUGACUGGGUUGGGUUGGGACUUCGCCGUGAUAUUAGAAAUAUACUUGCAAGUCAGGAUGAGAAUAAGAAAGCAUUUCUUUCCACGUUCACUUCAGGAUAUCGUGGCCACCGCUUUUAUGAGUGCCAUUAUUCCAAUCACAUUUUGGUUUGAGGUUUACGUUGUAAUACCGGGUAUCCAUGGGACCGAAUCGCUGUUCAACUGGGUCCAUUUUGGUCCUGCUUUGUUUUUACUGUUUAAUGUCAGCGCCAAUAUGCUGGCCACAAUCUUGUGCGAUACCAGCAGCGGGACGGAGAUAAUAAAUGUGCCACCGAAUGUUGCGAUUGCCUCAGGACUGGGCUCAAAAUCUUGGCACUUGUGCUCGACGUGUGAAGCGGUUGCGCCUCCCAGAUCGUGGCACUGUAACACGUGCCGGGCCUGCGUUCUGAAACGGGACCAUCAUUGCGUUUUCACGGGGUGCUGUAUCGGACAUAAAAAUCACCGAUAUUUCAUUACUUUUGUGCUGCAUCUUUUCGUGUCGACUUUAUAUGCUAGUAUUCUGAAUAACUAUUUCAUUUGGUUCGUUCGAGGAGACGAAUUUCGCAACUGGGCUUCGGUGGUGAAGAUUGUUUUUCCGUUGGCAAUGCUUAUGAUCGAUACAUCAACGAAACAAUACUAUCUAGUCAUAUAUUUAAUCAACAUGGUGGGCAUGCUGUUCACCGGUGUGCUACUUAUUUACCAUGGAAGAUUAAUUUUAAGCGGAUCGGUUGUUCACGAGCGAAACAGCCGAGAUUUUGAUCUAGGGCGGAUGGUAAACCUCAGAAUGGUAUUGGGAAAAAGGUGGUAUUUAACAUGGCUAACGCCAUUUACGAAGAGUGAGCUACCUCAUGAUGGAAUCAAUUGGGAUUUGGUUCAAAAGGAAGCGUCUAAAAAUAAGUAACUCUUACUGCCGCUAAUAUUUUGUGAUGAUCAGAUUUUGUACAAAUAAAACUAAUA